AUGAUCACCUCGGAGCUCCCUGUCCUGCAGGACACUUCCAAUGAGUCUGGGGCAACGGACGCCGUGGCUUUGAGUAUGAGCAUCGGCGAGAUCGAAGAUCCAGAGGUGAAAGGCAAGAAGAAGAGAGGCAGACCUGGAAAACAAGCACCGGCAUCCAAUAAGAAGCCGAGGAAAGCACCGGCGGAAAAGGCGGCGGGCGUAGCGAGAGGGCGCGGGAAAGCCAACGGCGUGGCCCAACACAAUGGAGACGGCGGCGACCCCGUCACUCUGUUCGAGGUGGUCAAACUGGGCAAGAGCGCCAUGCAGUCUGUGGUGGACGAGUGGAUCGAGUCGUACAAACAGGACAGAGACUUGGCGCUGCUGGAUCUUAUCAACUUUUUCAUCCAGUGCUCAGGAUGCAAAGGCACUGUGAGGAUUGAGAUGUUCAGGAACAUGCAGAACGCAGAGAUCAUCCGCAAGAUGACCGAGGAGUUCGACGAGGACAGCGGGGAUUACCCUCUCACCAUGCCGGGGCCCCUGUGGAAGAAGUUCCGCUACAACUUCUGCGAGUUCAUCAGCGUGCUGAUCCGCCAGUGUCAGUACAGCAUCAUCUACGACGAGUACAUGAUGGACACGGUGAUCUCCCUCCUCACCGGGCUGUCGGACUCUCAAGUGCGCGCCUUCAGACACACGUCCACGCUAGCAGCCAUGAAGCUGAUGACGGCGCUGGUGAACGUGGCGCUGAACCUGAGCAUUCACCAGGACAACACGCAGAGGCAGUACGAGGCCGAGAGGAACAAGAUAGCCGGCAAGCGAGCCAACGACAAGCUGGAGCUGCUGCUACAGAAGAGGAAGGAGCUUCAGGAAAACCAAGAUGAAAUCGAGAAUAUGAUGAAUUCCAUCUUCAAGGGAAUCUUUGUGCAUCGCUACAGGGACGCCAUUGCUGAAAUUCGAGCCAUCUGUAUUGAGGAGAUCGGCGUGUGGAUGAAGAUGUACAGCGAUGCUUUUCUUAAUGAUAGUUACCUGAAAUAUGUUGGCUGGACACUACACGACCGGCAAGGAGAGGUGCGUCUGAAGUGCCUGAAGGCGCUGCAGAACCUGUACACAAACCGAGAACUCUUCCCAAAGCUGGAGCUGUUCACCAACCGCUUCAAGGACCGUAUUGUAUCCAUGACGCUGGAUAAGGAGUACGAUGUGGCUGUGGAGGCCAUCAGACUGGUCACUCUCAUCCUGCAGGGCAGUGAAGACGCCUUGUCCAAUGAGGACUGUGAGAACGUUUACCACCUGGUCUACUCGGCCCACCGACCCGUGGCCGUUGCUGCGGGAGAGUUCCUGCACAGAAAAUUGUUCAGUCGUCAUGACCCACUGGCAGAGGAGGCGCUGGCGAAGCGACGAGGGAGGAGCAGUCCCAACGGAAAUCUAAUUCGCAUGCUGGUGCUCUUCUUUCUGGAGAGUGAGCUACACGAGCACGCGGCCUACCUGGUGGACUCCUUGUGGGAAAGCUCCCAGGAGCUGCUGAAGGACUGGGAGUGUAUGACCGAACUUCUGACGGAGGAAGCUGUGCAGGGGGAGGAGGUGUUGUCAGACAGACAGGAGAGCGCUCUGAUUGAGCUGAUGGUGUGCACCAUCCGACAGGCAGCAGAGGCGCACCCACCUGUUGGCAGAGGUACCGGUAAACGGGUGCUGACAGCAAAGGAGAGGAAGACGCAGAUAGACGAUAAGAACAAACUGACCGAGCACUUCAUCAUGGCUCUGCCCAUGCUUCUGUCCAAGUACCAGGCCGACUCGGAGAAGGUCGCCAACUUGCUGCAGAUCCCUCAGUUCUUUGACCUGGACGUGUACAGUGCCGGGCGCAUGGAGAAGCACCUGGACGCCCUGCUGAAGCAGAUUCGGCUGGUGGUGGAGAAGCACAUCGAGGUGGAUGUGCUGGAGGCCUGCAGCAAGACCUACAGCAUCCUCUGCUCCGAAGAGUACACCAUCAUGAACCGCGUGGACAUCGCCCGCUCGCAGCUCAUCGACGAGAUGACGGAUCGCUUUGCGCACUCCGUCGAAGAGCUUCUUCAGGAGGCGGAGGAGGCCGAUGAUGACGAUAUCUACAACGUUCUAUCCACGCUCAAAAGACUCACAGCCUUCCACAAUGCGCACGACUUGACGCGGUGGGAUUUGUUUGGGAACUGCUACCGGCUGCUGAAGGCCGGCAUCGAGCAGGGCUCCAUGCCGGAGCAGAUAGCCGUCCAGGCCCUGCAGUGCUCCCACUACUCUGUCCUGUGGCAGCUGGUUAAGAUCACAGAGGGGAAUCCCAGCAAGGAUGACCUGGUGGCUCUCAGGAGAGUGGUGAAGUCUUUCUUGGCUGUGUGCCAGCAGUGCCUGUCAAACGUCAACACACCUGUCAAAGAACAGGCGUUCAUGCUUCUCUGCGACCUGCUGAUGAUCUUCAGUCACCAGCUGGUCUCCGGCGGCAGAGAGGGCCUCCAGCCCCUCGUCUUCAACCCAGAGAGCACUCUGCAGAACGAGCUGCUCAACUUCGUCCUGGACCACGUCUUCAUCGACCAGGACGACGAGAAUCAGAGCAUGGAGGGAGACGAAGAAGACGAGGCCAACAAGAUCGAGGCCCUCCACAAAAGGAGAAACCUGCUUGCGGCUUUCUGCAAGCUCAUCAUUUACGACAUCGUAGACAUGCCCGCUGCUGCCGACAUCUUCAAACACUACAUGAAGUAUUACAAUGAUUACGGCGACAUCAUCAAGGAGACUCUGAGUAAAACCAGACAGACGGACAAGAUUCUUUGUGCCAAGACGCUCAUCCUCAGUCUGCAGCAGCUGUUCAACGAGCUGCUGCAGGACCAGGGGCCCAACCUGGACCGCACGUCUUCCCACGUCAGCGGCAUCAAGGAGCUGGCCCGCCGCUUCGCCCUCACCUUUGGCCUGGAUCAGAUCAAGACCCGGGAGGCGGUGGCCACGCUGCACAAGGAUGGAAUCGAGUUUGCAUUCAAGUACCAGAAUCCUCGAGGACCAGAGCUUCCUCCCAUCAACCUGGCCUUCCUGGAGGUUCUGAGCGAGUUUUCUUCCAAACUAAUCCGCCAAGACAAGAAAACGGUCCACUCGUACCUGGAGAAGUUCAUGUCGGAGUCGAUGUCGGAGCGCCGGGAGGACGUGUGGCUGCCGCUGAUCUCCUACAGGAACAGCCUGCUGACGGGAGGAGACGAGGACCACAUGUCAGUCACGUCGGGCUCCAGCAGCAAGGCCGGCUCGGUCCGCAGCAAGAAGGGCCGACCGCCGGUCCACAAGAAGCGCAUCGAAGAAGAGAGCAGCGUUGAGAGCUCGUGGAUGUUGCGUAACGACACUCUUCAGACGCCGGGAGCUCUGCAGACUCCUCAGCUGACCUCCACCGUCCUCCGAGAGAACAGACCAGCAGACCAACACAUGCCCGACCCGGACUCAGAGCCCGGGUCGGAGAACGACUUCGUGCACAAUCCUCAGAUGCAGAUGUCGUGGCUCGGGCAGCAGAAGAUGGAGGAGGUGAACAGGAAGGACCGGACGGGCUUGAACUACAUCAAAGCACGCAGCAACCAGGGCGUCCGGCAGACUGUGCGAGGGUUGAUGGAGGACGACGCAGAGCCCAUCUUCGAGGACGUGAUGAUGUCAUCGCGGGGCCAAUUAGAGGACAUGAAUGAGGAGUUUGAAGACACAAUGGUCAUCGACUUGCCACCAUCGAGAAACAGACGGGAAAGAGCAGAAUUAAGACCAGACUUCUUUGACUCUGCGGCGAUGAUUGAAGACGAGUCGGGAUUCAGCAUGCCCAUGUUCUGAUCUGGGCUCAUACAUCACGACCAGGAGUGCACAGAAGGAGGCUUUGGGACGCCUGACCCAGAGGAACCUGCGAAUUAAACUCUUACGAAGAAGAAGAAAAAAGGUUGUUGAAGUACUUUUCUCUUUCCAAGACGGGAUGGAAGGAGGAGUGGGUGCAUCCCGCAUCGGCUGGAACUCACCGGGAAGCGUGAAACGAGGCUCCAGUAUGUUCUCCAGAAUCUAGAAGAGCUUCUUGUUGCUCUAAAUCUUCUUCCUCCUGCUCCUCUCCGGCCUGUUGGUGAGGCUCUUGUUAGCGGCGGCUCUGAUGGCGCUCUGGCGAAGGACUCCUGCUGCCGGCCGACGAGUAUGCGCAGUUUUUACGGUUCGCCGUCACACAGAUGUACAGUUCAGCAGCACAGAGCAACGUAACACUCUGUACAGCCCCCCCAGUCCUCCUCCCCCACGUCCCCCCACUUUCCCCCCUCUUUGGGUGUCGCACUUUGAUCCGUCUUGUUAAAUCCAACAUACAGGAUCUCAAUACUAAGUGUUCUAUAUCUUUGCUCUUAUCAACACUGACUCCUCCCCCCUCUCUCUCUCCAUCUGAGUCCUCGUAUGUGGUGCUAGUGUGUGUGAGUGAGUGCGUGUGUGUGAGUGAGUGCGUGUGUGUGUGUGCGUGUCAAAGUAAAGGCGAGUGUCAUCAUUGGACACCAAAGUCGCAUCCUCAAGCCCCCCCCCUCCCCCUCCCUCACAAAUCGUUCUGCACACACACCAACGUCCCAUUGAGUAAGUUUUGAAGUUGAAACAUUUAAAAAACAUAUUUUUAAUUCUGUAGCUUUAGUACUAAAGUUUUAAAUCAAGUGUUUUUGUUUGUCUGAUGUUUGUACAGCUUUUUCUUGAAUAUGUAUCUUGUUUGUUGCCAAAUUGUGGCCUACAUACUUAGAGUAUAUCCCAGCCCGUCCCUCACACCUGUAACUCGUAUCUAAUGGUUACCGCGCUCAGAUUGUUGCUGUGGGAUACCAGGUUUUUUUAAAGCGCUGUCAGGUCUGAUUGUAAUGGUCACACAGUUCAGUAUUACAGCAGAAUAUUUUAGGUUUCUUCUCUCUGCAGGUCAAACCAAGUGGGAUUCUUACACCUGCCUUCAGUGUUAACUCAUCCAAGAAGUUUAAGAUUUGUUGUUAUUGUUCAAAUCCAGUGCAGUGGUGGAUUUUUAUGUCUGACAGAUUUGUUUGAAUGUGUUUUGAAUGUUUCCCGCCAUGUUGUUGUUCACCCUCCGUCGGUGGAUCAAUCACUUCCCUUUCCAGUGAUCCUGUAAAUAUCAAGAGACAAUUAGAUCUUUUCUGCAGUGCAGUUGACAUCAGUUGCCCUAAAAUGCUCUAAAGGCCUGUUUUUGUUUUUUUUCUCCCUUGAACCACAAAGUCUUUUUAAUAAAAUAAAAUCUGUAAUCGAU